AAGUUAUCGGAUUAACAAAGAGUAAAUCCGAAGAUCGAUAACAGUAUUUAUAACCUUCCGCUGGGAAUCCCAGUCCUGCGAUGGAUCUCAACUAUUAUGGGUCAAAACAAUAACAUUGUUUGUCGUUACCUUUUUCUUAGCUAAGGGAUACAUGUUAUAAAGCCCUCCAAGGAAAUACGUCAAACUAUCAAAAUCCCAAAUGCCGAAAUGGAAGUCCAAAAGACGGGGAAUGGGUGUCAAAUUGAAGAUUUACAGGAGAUCUGCAAUGACAGAAAUGAAAUGCCCACAAACCUUCAAAGGUUUCAUGUCACAAAUUGGGAUAUAUUUGUUUUAAUGGUCUCCAUAUGUAGUCACAUAUGUGAUGUUGCCUUUGAUAUCAAUUUAGCCUACAGGUAUUUCAAGGCUCGAAAAAUAUUCUAUUUUGUCUUAACUGCUUUGUUUAUUCUCUUCCCUGCGUUUGUUAACACAUUCAUUAGUUUGAGAAUGUAUGUAUUAAAUGAAGAAAAUCCCUCUUCAUCACGAAUGGUUGUGAAGAAAUGGACAAUACGGAUAUUUGUACUUUUGUUUCAACUUGCUCCUGUAAUGAGGUAUUGUGAUUCUUUGGACUAUGCUCUUAAGUCACGGAGGGCUGAACAAAGAAAAGAUUUUGAUGAGCAAAAAAGGUAUUAUGAGUUGAUGCUGAAAGAGGACUCAGACGUUGCCCUUUUGAGGGUAUUUGAGUGUUUUCUGGAAGCUGCUCCUCAGCAAAUUCUACAAAUUACUAUUGUCCUAAGUGGGGAAAAUGAUAAAUCAACAUUAACACUUCUCCACCAGUGUUUAUCAAUAGCAAGUUCUCUUCUGUCCAUGGCAUGGUCUAUGGCAUCUUAUCAUAGAUCUAUUCGACUAUGUCAGAAAGACAAAUCAAAUCUUUCUAUUAUGGGAACCUGUGUGCAGUUCACAUGGCAUUUCAUGGUUACGGUUUCUAGAAUUUUAAGUAUAUCAGCUGCAGCUUCAAUCUUCCCACUGAUGACUGCAAUUGCCUGUGCUGUCCAUUGGUUACUUAUGACAUUCUGGUUAACAAUAUUUGAAAACACACAAUUUUCAAUUGCUGGCUCAACCAUAAGGGCUAGGCUUUCUGAGGUUAUUUUCUGUGCUAUUCUUGGUCUGGUUUAUAUUUUUACAUACCUCACUCCUGCUGAAGGCAACACAAGACACAGAUAUCUUGUUUAUUAUCCCAUAUGCUUCAUAGAGAAUGUUAUAGCAAUAACUGUAUGGUCCCUGUGUUCAGAUGACUUUACCAAGAAUUCAUGGUAUUACAUACCUCUCAUCUGUUCCUCUGUUGUUCCUUUUACCAUUGGGAUUGGCUUUAUGGUCCUCUUUUAUAGGUUCCUUCAUCCAGAGACAUCAAGAAGAUCUAAACCACCACCUAUUUCUACUUAAAAUUAUUAUUUAUUUAUAAAUAAUCUUUAUAUGUAUAUACAAGCACUGUAUGUAUAAUAAAAUAGUUAUUAUUAUUUUUGCUCUCUAGUUAAUAUUUAUUACACCACUCGGCAUAUGCAAAAGACUGUGUUCUGUGAUCUUUUUCAUUUAUAUGAAAUGUAAAAAAAAUUGAAAUUAUUGUUAUUAUCUUUUAAAUGCUAUUGUAUCUGACAAAAUAACAAAGUGUCAUACUCAUUUCAGGUAUCAUAUAAAUGUAUAGUUUAUCAUAUAUUGAUGGAACCAAUGAAAUCUAUUAAUUUUAAAAUAUUUUGUAAUAUUUUUUAAUAAUUAAUAUUACUAAAAAAUAAUAUAUAUAUUUUUCUAAGUUUGAACAUUUAUAGAUCACAUUAUCUGCUAAUUGCUUUUACAUGGAUUUUUAAAUGUCAAUCUUCAGACAAUUUCAAACUUAAAAGUUACUUGAAAUUUAAUUUUGUAAAUAGUCUUUGUAAAUAUAUAUAAACAAAAAUAAAUAUAUAUACUUGUACUCACAUUUAACAAGAACCAAACUGUUUCAUUUAUAUAUUGUUCCUCUAGCAAGGGAUUAUAUUUAUAAUGAUAGCUAUUAAAAAAUUGACUUUAAAAAAAUUGAUGAAACAAUCUGAUGUCUUUAUUUCCCUGUUUUUAUUUGUUGUAGCAAAAUUUACCUUAAAAAAUUAUAACACAAUCAAUCAUUAUGCUGGUCUGUGUGAUUGAUUUGUCAUCAGUCCAAAGAUAAUUGGUAGAAUAUUUUGUGUACACUCAGAGAAUAUUGAUUUUUCCCUGCUAGCACUGUUAACAAGCUCUAAGAUUGAUGGGACAUAUUUAUUAGUUUGAAAACCUAUUAAUGAAAGUAAAGAAACUAAGAAAGACACCUAUACUCAAAGUGGCCCUGCUGUGUUGUUUUAUCAAAUAUACUUCUAUGAACUAUCAUGUAAUAUAUAAUUCCCUGAUAAGAAAUUUGUCUCCAAAAAUACAUAUUUAUCCAUUUCCCACAUGCAAAUACACUUAAAUUAACACUUCAUUGUUGUUUUCUUUAUAAUUCAAAAUAUAUUUAAAAAAUGUUAAAUAAAGAUAUGUUGUUCUUA